CGAGGCCUGGUGCUGGCAGAACCUGGGGACAGCAACUGGCACAAGAUGGCCUCUAAGUAUCCACGGUUCCUCCGCUAUUGCCUGCCCAUGUGUGCCUUCAUGGUGCAGGUGGCUUUCAUUGUCUUCUGUUUUUUCAUCUCCUAUGACACUUCCCAAAUGCAACAGAAGUUCAUGGUGAUCUAUCAAGUCAUCCAGGAUUUGACCCUUAUGGCAGCCUUGGGUUUUGGCUUCCUUUCCUCGUCCUUUCGGAGACACAGCUGGAGCAGUGUGACCUUCAACCUCUUCAUGUUGGCCCUUGGAGUGCAGGGAUCAAUCUUGCUGUACUGUUUCCUGAGACAGACCUUCUUCGCACAGCACGUACCCAUCAAUCUGUUGAGCAUCCAGAAAGGGACCCUGAGCACAGUUCCUGUGCUCAUCUCAGCAGUUGCUGUCCUUGGGAAGGCCAACUUGGUGCAGCUGGCUGUGAUGGCGCUGAUGGAGACAGUGGCCUUUGGAGUCACCAGGCUUGUCAGCCAGGAGAACUUCUAUGUGAAAGACCACAUAAUUACCAUGUACGGAUACGUGUUUGGGGCCUAUUUUGGGCUGCUUGUGGCCUGGUGCCUCUCUAGGUCUCUACCCGGGGAACUGGGUGAGAAAGCCCAGACAGAGAAGGUUCAGAUGGCCACAAGCUCCAGUCUGUUUGCCAUGCUGGGAACCCUCUUCUUGUGGAUAUUCUGGCCAAGUUUCAACUCUGCUCUGGUGGAAGGGUCAAAUGACAAGAAGGCUGUGCUCAACACCUACUAUGCCCUUGCGGUCAGUGCAGUGACAGCCACCUCCGCGUCAGCCCUGAGCCACCCCCAGGGAAAGAUCAACAUGGUUCAUCUCCACAAUGCAGUACUGGCAGGAGGCGUGGCUGUGGGUGCCCCAUGUGUCCUGAUUACUUCUCCUUGGGUGGCCAUGGUGCUGGGCCUCACAGCUGGGUUGAUCUCCAUUGGGGGAGCCAAGUGUCUGCCGGUGUGUUUGAACCGCAUGCUGCAGAUCCAGAACCCCAAUGGUAUCCACUACACCUUCGGCUUGCCUGGUCUGCUAGGAGCAGUCACCUACUGUCUGAUGUCUGUGCAGAGCAACUACCGUAUAUUCAAGGUUACCAGCCAGUUGAUCAAUGACUUUGGAGCUCUCAGCUUUGUUCUGGCAAUGGGAAUGGCAUCUGGACUCCUAACAGGUUGGCUCCUAACUUUCAAAGUGUGGAGAGCUCCCCACACAACCAAGUACUUUGAUGAUCAGGCUUUCUGGGAGGUGGUUAACUUCUGGCUACAGCAGCACAGGAAGUGA